CAAUUUCGUGGAAUGUGGUUCAUUGCUGACGCCCGGACCAUACGCCUAUCGCAGGAGACCGGAAAGAUGAUCAAGCCACCAAAAUUAGCGGACGCGAAGUCGGACGCCCAAGCGCACGACGACACCAUCCCAUGGCCACUGCGAGUGUGAAAAGGGGCCAAUGUCGUCUUUGAUUGGCACUUCGCUGGUAGUGUUUGCACUGAGCAAGUAACGCUUGAAAUGUGCGAAAGAAAUCAUGCUCACGACCCAGACUCUCUUUUCGGCUGCACAAACUUAUGAUCUAAAAAUUCUUGUCGGAACCACUUCGUUUACUACCAUCUCAGGACAAGCAAUUGAGACGUCUGGAGUACCAUGUGGCAAUUUCACGGUGAGGAAAUCCUUGCGCUAUAGAUUCUCGCCAUACCCGCCGAUUCUCGCGCGCGCAUGCAAACUCCUCUGGUCGGUUAACCAUGGUUCGACUUCUUUGCGCGAUCAUCCUGAGCUUUGCUCUCGCUCUGGCUCAGGACCUCACCGUGGCCGACACAAUUAAGGCUCGACCAGAACUGUCCACCCUGAAUUCGCAACUCUCAAGAUUCACCGGACCCUCAACCCAAGUGAGGAGAAGCAAGAUCACAUUAGUCGCACCUCGAAAUUCAGCUUUUGCGGCCUUGACCGCUGCCGGUGUGUCUGUGACGGCAGAUUUGCUCAGCUAUCACAUCUUGAACGACUCCUAUCCGAACUUCCCCAGCGGGUCCAAUCAGUUUGUCGGUACAUUUCUUGAUUCGCCAUCGGGGAAGGACAAGCAACUUGUUGCCGCUCGGAAGGCUCCCGUAACGAAAACCACAUCCUUCACAUCCGGCCUGCGACAUCGAUCCAACUCGGUCGGCGAAGUUGUCAAGUGUAGCAAUGGUGUUAUUUACAUUGUUGAUAAAGUACUCACGAUCCCCGAGAGUUUCACUUCUACCUAUGCGCAAAGUUCCCGGACCGGGCGGUCGCCUUUCAGCGACAGUGAAGUCUUUCAGGAUGGCUCGGACAAAUUGAUGCACAUAAACUGGCUCUCUGGUGCCACGGUCUUCCUUCCCAUCAAUCGAUCGUUCAGAGACAUUGGUAGCCUCGUCAAUUCGUGGACCGAGGAAGAUUGGCAUCGAAUACUCUCGUACCAUAUCGUAGACGAGAUCAUUCCGCCCGGACCAGAUGGGCUACCAACUGGGAACUACACGACAAUGGAGGGUUCGGAUUUGACAAUUACCGAUUACCAUGGUGAUCGGUUUGUCAAUAAUGCAAAGGUUUCUGGACCUUAUGACUGGAUAUUCGACGGUGGUGUGAUCUACACCAUCUUUGGUGUGCUCAAUCCAGACAACACGACGAGUGAUCCGAGCAAUGCAAAUUCAGGAAUCGCAUUCACUGGAGCCGCUUACGCUACCGAUCUCACCUUCCCCAGCGCCGUGACUGAGCCCAAUCGUCCAAAGCAGCUAUCAGUAGGUGCCAAGGCAGCAAUUGGAGUCGGCGCAGGCGUUGCGGCUAUUUUUAUUGCACUUUUUAUCGCAUGGCUAUGCUAUCGAUGCCGUAGUGCAAGGAGAGAAAAGAAGCAAGCCCUCAAGAACGAUUUCGAUCUCUCGCCAAUGAGCAUGUCGCAGAAAAACCUUACAUCGGACACUGAUUUUGUCAACCAUAUCCCAGUUGAACCCAAGAAGGGCUGAAGAGAGAUCCAUGCAGUUUAAUAUCCACAGCGCACGCUAGCCAACCACAUGCCUCUUGCAUGGCCGAACGAGGUUUGGUCCCUUUACAACAUCCUCGAAUAUAUCACAUACCGCACACAGUCAUCGGACCUUACAACGCGGCCUUGUCUAUCGAUGUUGAAGGCGGAAACGCUUUAUCCUUUGAGAUAUCAUCCUUGAUGCCAGGUGGAGCGACCUUUUGUCGCCAAUUAUGAGCUCAAGUUGGCCGACGUCGGCUUCAGGAUUCGAAUUCAAGAUUCAUGCUACCCCCAGGGUGGUAUCGGCCAGACCUGGACACAAGGAACCAUAUCGACGUGCUAUCAGACAAUCGCAGGUGCGAAGAGUUGGUUUGACUGAGUCAAUGGGGCAUUCAUAACCUUGACCAAUGUUAGUCGUCCGUCUCGGUAGCCCUCCGAGUCGUCACAUGAUGUCCCUCUUAUCGAGAUCGGCAAUCAUGUCGGUGAAGUCCUGUUUAUAAAUUAGGGACACAUCAACACUGAGAAAUGGCAUACGCGCAAACAGCAUGAACAAAGAGAGGCAUUUGAUCGGUUCCAUCUGCAGCCACGAGGGCAUCGAUUCAUCUCAACCCAGGAUUAUCAAGUCUCGCUAAUGAAAUAAUGACGACCCAUAUAUGGCUUCACGUCUGAACACCGACACUCACUCAUAGAAAGGCUUGUUGUUGAUAUGCUCGCUUGCGAUAUCAUAAUCAUGACCAAAGAUGAGCUUGGCUUGGAAGAGACGCUGCAGCCGUUUAAUCAUUUUCCCACUUCGGACCCAGGAGUUAUGAUCUCUAAUUAACCAGCCAUGCGGGUGAUCAUCGUAAUAAUUUUCCCUGGCAUGGUACUGGUCUGUUGUCCAUAUCCAUGUCCCAUCAUUAGGCAAGUUGACUUGCAUGAUACUGAGUCCAGGGGUAUGUCCUGGCGCGUGGUAUAUAGUAAUUCCUUGCCAAAGAUCAAGCCGUUCCUCAUUAGAGGUUUCCCAUCGAAGUUUUGAAAGAUUGAGGUAAUCGGGCCUGGUGUUUGUCAGUCAAGCACAAUUAGCAUAAUGCGAUACUCACAGAUAAA